AUGCUUACUAAGCCUGAGUUUAAUGGACCCGUCGACCGAGCGGCUAACCCCCAUCCACUGGAGUGCUUGCAGCUGUUCGUAGCCCGCCGUCGCUCAGUGGUGCAGUAUCGGUUUUCUCACCUGAAUCUCGCUCUCGUUGAAGUUGCCUUGCCGGCAGCCAAUGGGCACGCGAGAAUCGACAACCUCAACCUUGCCGUGGCUGCCUGGAUGUAA